GUGGUUUGCUAGAUAAAGAAGGAGGGAUUAGGGAACUGAUUGUGGGAAAAGAUGACGAGCUUCUUCAGACUGAAACCAAAACCAUUCCUUGAGCUGAUGAUGCCGAAGUCUGCAUUCAGGUAUAUAAUUUUUUAUAAGGUCUUGCUAACCAUCAUUGGUCAAGGAAUUAAAAGAUGUUUCUAUGAGAUAUCUUAUGAAAGUACCCUUAGUGUUAGGGGCUGGAACCACUCGGAUACGUAACACUUAGAAAAUCAGAAGCGAAGAGAUGAAUUCAACUUAGUUACAGUUCACAGCAGCAUUCAAAGAGAUUCAAAGAGAUGACUUGUGCAAGGGGUAAUAUUUCUGAGGCUCUCAUUGUCUUCAUCGUGGACCGAUAUCUAUGUCACAACCAAUUUUCUCAAACGCGGGCAACUUUUCGCAACGAAGCUUCAACACUCUUUGUCGAUUCACCCGCAAACGAGAAUUUGCUGAGUUUGGAGGGGAUUGUGGACCAGUAUAUAUUUAUGAAAAACCAGAACAUACUGUUAAAUAAACAAAAUGCCAUGUUAAAGCAAGAGAAACACAACACACAAAUGUUGCUGCAAAACCUCCAGAAUGUUUUGGACAGUUUCCAUGCAAGAUCAUCAACCUCGUGCAACACCCAAGCCAUAAUACAAAAUUCUGCAGUUCUGCUUCCAAUGCUAAAUUCUAAUUCAAAUAUUCCAGUUGUGUCUACUAGUACUAAUUUUCCUAUGCAAAACACAAUGUCGGUGACACCUACAAUCAUGGACAAUAUAAACUUGUCAUCGCCUAUGAUUCAAAUGUUUCGCCAAAAGAGAAAAGAUACUCCAACAAUAGAUGGUUCAAAAGUUGCAAAGAAACCACGUGGUAGACCUAGAAAAAAUCAUGUCCAAGGUAUAAACACAUUGCUACCAUCUCCAAGUAACAAAGUAGAUUCUGGAUCUUCUUCGGUAACAACUCAGUCAUUGGUAGAGAAUUAUGCUGUCAGCGGAUCACAAACUGAUUCAAUUUCUGGAACACUCUCCAAUUCAAAUCAAUGUCAUAUACCUUCUCAUAUAUCCCAGUCCAAUGAUGAGAUUUCUCCUGCUGCAGCAAGUAAUGGAGAGGCCAUUGUUACUUGUUACAAUGUAAUUUCAACCAAUAGAGGUAUGGUUCAAACAAAUAAGGUGGAUGCCCAUCAGACAAUUACAGAGACAUUGGACAAGCCAUUACUGAAUGAGAUUCUUACUUCUGAGUCUGACAAGGACAGAGACAUUUGGGCAAACUUUGAUUUUUCAAACAUAGGAUUGGAUGAUUGGUCAGAAAUUGAUUUUUCGAAUAUUGAAGGAGACAGCUCAUCCAUUUAAUGUUCAGAGAUAUAUAAAUUGUGAAUCAAAAUGUUUUUGACCAACCAACUUAGGUGUAUAUUUUAAUUUGAAAUACUUUUGUAAUUCAGUAUUUCUAUCUCACAUUCUUUUGAGAGAGUGGAGUUACAUUUGCUCUUAAUAUGAGAUUAUAAGAAUAAGUCAAUGUAUACCAUUCAUUUGAG